AUGUCUGCUAUGGAUCUGGAUGCGCCUAUCUCUAUUGCUCCCCAGCAUAGAGAUCAGCAGACGGGAGCAACAAUUCUAUGCUGUAAUUGUGGUGCCGCGAUCGAUGGUACAACAUCAGCGGGAGCACUCUGUUACGACUGUGUGAAGCUCACCGUCGAUGUAUCACAAGGCAUUCAGCGUGAAGCCACCAUACAUUUCUGCCGAGAUUGCGAUCGAUGGCUCCUUCCUCCGUCGUCCUGGAUUGUCGCAGCCCCCGAAUCGAGAGAACUACUCGCCCUCUGUCUGAAGAAAUUACGAGGUUUGCACAAAGUCAGGAUCAUAGAUGCGAGCUUUAUAUGGACAGAACCGCAUUCUCGAAGAGUCAAGGUCAAGCUUACAAUUCAAGACUCGGUGUCUGAGGGAGUUGUGCUGCAGCAGGCGUUCGAGGUGGAAUACGUCGUCGCAUACCAACAAUGUCCCGACUGUGCGAAAUCCUAUACUGCGAAUACAUGGCGAGCAUGCGUGCAAGUCCGACAAAAAGUCCCACACAAGAGAACCUUCCUCUACCUUGAACAGCUCAUUCUCAAGCACGGCGCACACAAGGACACAAUCAACAUCAAGGAAGUGAAAGAUGGUCUCGAUUUCUUCUUCUCAGCACGGAACCAGGCCGAGAAAUUCGUUGAUUUCCUGAACUCGGUAGCACCAGUCCGAUGGAAGAAAUCCCAAGAACUCAUUUCUAUGGAUAUACACACCUCUACUAAAUCAUACAAAUUCACAUACUCUGUCGAAUUGGUUCCGAUAUGCAAAGAUGAUCUUGUGGCGAUACCCAUCAGGUUGGCAAAGCAGAUUGGUAACAUUUCACCACUCGGCAUAUGCUACCGGAUAGGCACAUCUCUCAACAUUCUCGACCCUAGUACUCUCCAAACCGCAGAUAUCAGCACACCAAUUUACUGGCGAGGACCUUUCGCACCACUUGCCGAUGUGCAGGAACUCGUGGAAUUCAUCAUCAUGGAUAUUGAGCCCAUCGGGGCCCAGAAGGGAAGAUGGCUACUCGCAGAAGCCACAGUGGCACGAGCAUCAGAUCUCGGAUCAAACGAUAGAACAUACUACACUCGCACACAUCUCGGGAAUGUCUUACAUCCAGGAGACUCGGUGAUGGGCUACUUGCUGACUGGAACGAACUUCAACAACCCUCAUUACGAUGCAUUGGAGGAAUCAAACACAUACUCCUCGCAAAUCCCUGAUGUAUUGCUCGUCAAGAAGUUCUACGCCAGAAAGAAGAAGUCCAAGAAUCGUAACUGGCGUCUCAAGCGCAUGGCUAGGGACGAAGGUGAUCUCCUACCCAAGAAAGCAGACCAAGAGAAGAUGGACAGAGAUUACGAAAUGUUCUUGCGGGAUGUGGAAGAAGAUACUGAGCUCAGACAAACCAUGGCACUCUAUAAAGCUCAGCAGCAAGCUAAGCUUGAUGCUGAAGCUAUGAGUGUUGUCGAGACAGAUGAUGGAGAGGAUGAGACACCGCACAUUGACAUGAAUGAGCUUCUAGAUGAGUUCGACGAGCUUCAUGUUAACGAUGAGCAUUAG